AUGAACUAUGAAUGGUUUUAGGAUGAUAAUCAAAUAAAAUUACGCUUUGAAAUAAAAAAUACUAAAAGCGAUAAUCUUGACAUAUAAGUUGCAGAUGUAGUUGUUAAAGUAAAUGUACUUGAUAAGAAAUUUGCCAAAACUAUUGAUUUAUUAUUUCCUGUACUUGAAGGCAAUAUUAAAUAUGGAGCAGAUGUGCUUGAAGUUACUUUAAUAAAAGUGGAACCUGGGAAAUGGCCUUAAUUGAGUCCAUCAUUUUCUAAAGAAGAAUUAAUUUAAAGAAGAAAGGAUGUAACUUAAACAUAUUAUCUAAGGCAUUUUUUAGAAAAGAUUAAGAAAUUCAAGCUUAAAAAAAAUAAAAAGAAGAACUCAAACAUCAAUUUGAUUAACAUGCAACAAAAGAAUAGAUUAAAGUUGAUGAUCGUGAAAGAAAUCUAAUUAUAUAAAAGUAGGAAUAAUAAAAAACUGAGGCAAUUUCUGAUCUAUACAAUUAAAUUGGAUAGGAUUCUAAAUUUACAUAGAAAUAAUCACCAUCUCAAAAUUCAAACGAUGUAGUGUAAAUAGAAGAAAAAAUUAAAUAAUAUGAAGAAUUUGAAUAAUAAUAAGAAUAGAAAUAAAAAUCAUCAAAUAAAUAAUUACAAUCAAUUUCAAAUAAUAAUGAUAUUUUUACAAAUGAGGAUAUUAAAAAAUAAGAGAAGUAAGCUAAAGGUCCAAUACCAGAACCAAGAAAAGCAGCUGCAGUAUAAAUGACUUUUACAGAAAAAAUAUAUCCUCAUUUAGCUGCUAGAGAAUAACAUUUCAAAGAUGCUCCUGUUCCUAGAUAAAAAAAUAUUCCAAUUACUGAAUAAAGAGAAAAUCCUCUCUUCUUAAAAGAUAAAGCUGAUGAAUUUUUUAAAAAUAAAGAUUAUUAUUCUGCCAUUAAUGCUUAUUCAGCUGCUUUCAAAUAUGAUAAUUAAAUGUUUACUUGUAUUGCCAAUAGAGCUGCUUGUUAUUUAGCUUUAUUCAAUUUCUAAGAAUGUAUUGAUGAUUGUUAAACAAUUAUUAAUUUGGAUAAAAAAGAUUAAUUAUAUGAUAAAUGUUUAAAUAGACUAAAAGUAUGUUAAGCAUGGAAAGGUGAUUUAGAUGAAGCUUUGAAUGGAAAUAUUCCAGAAUAAGCCAAAGUUAUAAUUUAAAAAAGAAUUGACUCUAAUAAAUACAAAAAUCAAGGUGAUGCAUAUAUGACAACCUCUCAAUAUUAAAAAGCUAUAGAAAUGUAUUUAAAAUCUCUCUAGAAUGAUGAAGAAAAUGAAUUGAGUCUAAGUAAUAUGGGUUUAGCUUAUAUGAAAUUAAAUUAAACUAAUAAAGCCUUGGAAAGUAUUGAGAAAGCUAUUCAAAAAGUUAAACCUUUUUUAUAGUAUGUUAAUUUAAAUCCUAAUAUUGGAAUAUAAAGUUCAUAUGCUGGUAAUGAAUUUUUACUUAAAAAUCUAAUGAAAAAAUCUAAUUGUUUAUUUGAAUUAAAUUAAGAAUAAGAUGCUUUAAAUACAGUUAAAUAAGCAUUAAUUAUUGAUGAAACAAAUGCAGAAGCCAGAAGUAUUAUGAAUAAGAUUUAAGAUAAAUUAAUUAAAUAAGAGGUUCUUAAAUUAAAAGAGAUUGCAACAGAGAGAUUAAAAUAACAAAAGUAUUCAGAUUCAUUAGAAUUGUAUAAUGAAUGUCUCAAGAAAUUAAAUCCAUAAGAAGAUUUGAUGGAUUUCUUAGCUGUAUUAUUAAAUAGAUGUAUUUGUUGUUAUUUUUUAAAUUAAUUUGAUGAGAUAAUUGGUUCAUGUACAAGAGGAAUAAAAAUAAUAUAAAUUUAACAAAAUAAGUAUUACAUAAAAAUAUAACUUAAGAAUAUUAUCUUUCGAAAAGAUUACAAAGGAAUAAAGAGAUAAAUUAUAAGACUUUUAAAUAAGAUUUUAUGUUCGUAGAUCAAAUGCAUAUGUAAAAUAGAAUUAGAUUUAUCAUGCUAAAUGUGAUUUAUAAGAAGCUUUAAAAUUAGAUCCUUAAAAUGAGUAAAUAAGAAAAGAUUUAGAAAAGUUAAAGUGA